AAUCCAAAUUAAAAUCCCCAAAUUGUGGAGAGGAGCCAAAGCUUCCCUGUCUUGAUUUUGGAGUUUUGGAGCGGAAGAAGAAGAUGAAGCGGAAAGACCUCGAGCAAGUGUCCGACGACAUGUCGUCUCCGUCGUCAUCGAAAUCCCGGCGACUGGACGGUAACUUGAUCGGAGCUAUGAACGGAGUUCCGAGUAGUGCAUUCCAGGUGUUUGGUCAAAGGCCUCUGAAGCGAAAAGAGCUUGAAGAAGCGUUCGACGACAUGUCGUCUAAUUUCUCCAAGUCCAGGCGACUGGAUGCUGAUUUUUUUCCGACUAUGGCGGAAGAUAAGAGUGGUGGAAUUGAGGCCUUGGAGCAAAGGCUAGCACAGGAACAGGCUUUGGCUUGCCCCAGUGAAAUGCCAAUGGAGCCCUUACCAUUGUCUGACGAAAAUGACAAGGCUCUGGUGCUCUACAACCCUGCCAAUACCAAUACGUUUUACAAAACCCCUGCUUCUAGGGAUUUCUCUAUCAUUGUGAAUUCGGACUUAAUUCCGGGUUUAAGAGACUGUAUAUUUACACAGGGAAGUUCAAAGUGGGCAGCAAAACAAGUAGAGGCUGAACAAAGUAACAGAGAAGAAUCAAAUGGCUGUUUGGCUAUUGUUCCAUGGGUUGAAUCUACUUGGCCUCCAUCACCAAGAAGGGAGACACAGGCAGCCAGUCAGUCAGAGCCAAUGCAAGCUGAAGAAGUUGAAAUGAUGGACACGGAUGAUAUCAGUUUAGAUGGUUCUAAACCUUCUCAGUUGGGUGCUCCGAUGGAUGGAUCUUUUGAAUUACAACGCUGGCAGCAACAGCAACAACACCAUUGUACGCAGCCACAGCUGCUCAAUAACACAAACACUCCCAUCACCUGGGGUAACACUUACACUCCCGUCACAUGGUAGUCAAUUGCAAAAUGUUCUCCAGUUCUUAUUUAUGUUUGGAGGAGAAUACAGUCUUAUAAUCGGAAGAUUGUGCCAGUUCACCGGUUCAUAAUGAAUUAUUUUCCUAGUGUUCCCCAGUUCUUAGUUAUGUUGGUGGUGAAAGCAAUUCAUCAUUUAGAGGAGAAUUUUGUUACAUAAUGAAGGCUGUUUCACUUGUUCUGUUUUAGAACUCCACUUUGUACUGUAUAAUUGGUCAUGAAUGCCAUCUGAAAUAUUAUUGAUAUCGCCAUGUAUGGCUCUAGAAUGC